GCUGGGAGUGGCAGGGGCGGCGGAAGGUGAGCAAGAGAAGGUGGCCUGGCUCCCCUUCUGCCUGGGCCCCUCCCAGUGUUCCCCAGGGGUGUCAACCUCAGCCGGGUUUGCACCCACUCCACCCCCCUUUUCCAAGGGGUUGCCUUUUCCCCCUCUGCGGCAGCGGAAAUGACAAUGUGGUGCUGUUGUGGUGUCAUGGUGCUGCCCCUGGACUAAGGGGAGAAAACUCUUUAAGUUUAGCCCAGGAGACCUAGGCUCGGCGACGUCGCGGUCGCUGUGCGGUCCCCUGCGAGGUGCGCGGGCUGGCGGAUCAGUGCCGUGGUGCGGGGGCGGCAGCGGCGGCGGCGGAGAAGCCAGGCAGCGGCCUAGAGUGGCGGCAGCGGCAGCGGCAGCGAAGGAGGCCCGGGAGCUCGCGCGGGAGCCCGAGCCAGCCCGCUGCGGAAGCAGAGCAGCGCCGGGCGCUCUGGAGCGCGCGUAGGAGAUGGCUGGCACCCGAGAACGCUACGGGUGAAAGCCCAACCUCUGUGGUUCUUAAUGCCUCAGCAGGAUUAUUUUCACUAAAGAUGGAAACACUGGAGUCUGAAUUGACCUGUCCAAUCUGCCUCGAAUUGUUUGAAGACCCCCUUUUGCUCCCUUGUGCUCAUAGCCUGUGCUUCAACUGUGCCCAUCGCAUCUUAGUGUCAAACUGUAGCUCUGGUGAAACUAUUGAACCUAUCACUGCUUUCCAGUGUCCCACAUGCAGAUAUGUUAUUUCACUGAAUCACAGGGGCCUGGAUGGCCUCAAGAGGAACGUGACCUUGCAGAACAUUAUUGAUCGUUUCCAGAAGGCUUCAGUCAGUGGGCCUAAUUCCCCAAGUGAGAACCGACGAGAAAGGAUUUAUAGGCCCAGUUCCACCAUGUCUAGUGAGCGAAUUGCUUGCCAAUUCUGUGAGCAGGACCCACCAAGGGAUGCAGUGAAGACUUGCAUCACCUGUGAGGUCUCCUACUGUGACCGUUGCCUGCGGGCCACACACCCCAACAAGAAACCUUUCACCAGCCAUCGCCUGGUGGAACCAGUGCCAGACACACAUCUUCGAGGGAUUACCUGCCUGGACCAUGAAAAUGAGAAAGUGAACAUGUACUGUGUAUCUGAUGAUCAAUUGAUCUGUGCCUUAUGCAAACUGGUGGGUCGUCAUCGAGACCAUCAAGUUGCAUCCCUGAAUGAUAGAUUUGAGAAACUCAAGCAAACCCUGGAGAUGAACCUCACCAACCUGGUUAAGCGCAACAGUGAACUAGAAAAUCAAAUGGCCAAACUAAUACAGAUCUGCCAGCAGGUUGAGGUGAAUACUGCUAUGCAUGAGGCAAAACUUAUGGAAGAAUGUGACGAGUUGGUAGAGAUCAUCCAGCAGAGGAAACAAAUGAUUGCUGUCAAAAUCAAAGAGACAAAGGUUAUGAAACUGAGAAAGUUGGCCCAGCAGGUUGCUAAUUGCCGUCAGUGUCUUGAACGGUCAACAGUCCUCAUCAACCAAGCUGAGCAUAUCCUAAAAGAAAAUGACCAGGCACGGUUUCUACAGUCUGCAAAAAAUAUUGCUGAGAGGGUCGCUAUGGCUACUGCAUCUUCUCAAGUUCUGAUUCCGGAUAUCAAUUUUAAUGAUGCCUUUGAAAACUUUGCUUUAGAUUUUUCUAGAGAAAAGAAACUAUUGGAGGGGCUAGACUAUUUAACAGCCCCCAACCCACCCUCUAUCCGAGAGGAACUCUGUACUGCCUCCCAUGACACCAUUACAGUCCACUGGAUCUCGGAUGAUGAGUUCAGCAUCAGCUCCUAUGAGCUUCAGUACACCAUAUUCACUGGCCAGGCUAACUUCAUCAGUAAGUCAUGGUGUAGUUGGGGCCUGUGGCCAGAGAUAAGGAAAUGUAAGGAAGCAGUAAGCUGCUCAAGAUUGGCCGGGGCGCCACGAGGCCUGUAUAACUCAGUGGAUAGCUGGAUGAUUGUGCCCAAUAUUAAACAAAACCAUUAUACCGUACAUGGACUGCAGAGUGGGACCCGCUAUAUCUUCAUUGUUAAAGCCAUUAACCAAGCAGGCAGCCGGAACAGUGAACCUACCCGACUAAAAACAAACAGUCAACCCUUUAAGCUGGAUCCCAAAAUGACUCACAGAAAGUUGAAGAUCUCCAAUGAUGGAUUGCAGAUGGAGAAGGAUGAAAGUUCUCUGAAGAAAAGCCACACCCCAGAGAGAUUUAGUGGCACAGGAUGCUAUGGGGCAGCAGGAAAUAUAUUCAUUGACAGUGGCUGCCAUUAUUGGGAAGUAGUCAUGGGUUCCUCAACAUGGUAUGCAAUUGGUAUUGCCUACAAAUCAGCUCCAAAGAACGAAUGGAUUGGCAAGAAUGCUUCCUCAUGGGUCUUCUCUCGCUGCAAUAGUAACUUCGUGGUGAGACAUAACAAUAAGGAAAUGCUGGUGGAUGUGCCCCCACAGCUGAAACGUCUGGGUGUCCUCCUGGAUUAUGACAACAACAUGCUGUCUUUCUACGACCCGGCUAACUCUCUCCAUCUUCAUACUUUUGAUGUGACCUUCAUCCUUCCAGUUUGUCCAACGUUCACAAUCUGGAACAAAUCCCUAAUGAUCUUGUCUGGUUUGCCUGCCCCAGAUUUUAUUGAUUACCCUGAGCGACAGGAAUGCAACUGCAGGCCUCAAGAAUCUCCAUAUGUUUCUGGGAUGAAAGCUUGCCAUUAAGUUUCAAGAAGGAAUAUACUUCGCUGGCUAUCCAGUUUAGCAGUGCUUCCCUUCUUAAAACUCAGUUAGUGUUCAAUAUACAAGAUACAAAAUAAAGUUCAUUUGAAGCAUCCAAAGUAACUAGAUAUUAUAGAUUUAAUUUUUGUGCAUUGAGGCUUAUAUUUGAAUUCAUGUAUUGAGUUUUCAGAGCAAAUUAUCUGAGUCAUCUAAAUUCAAGCCAUUGGAGCAGAAAUGUAGAAAAUGCCUCUAUUGUCAUUGGAAAAUUAAAAAUUUGCAGUAAUUUAGGAGUAUAAAUGAUUUUGGAAGGAACUAGGGCAAUGCUGGGUGAAUAAUACAGAAAGAAGCUUUUUAAAAAGGGCUAACCAGUCAGAAAGGACAAGGGUGGUCAGCCUCUAGUACUGUCCAGUUUGGCCAAGUAGAAUUUUGAAGAGUGUCAGAUUAUCACACAUUGUAGGAAAAUCAUGAAUGUGUAUAUAUAUAAUAUAUAAAAAGAUUGAAUUUAUUCAUUAAGAUGAAUUCAUAAAAACUUAUUCAUCAAAUUGAAUUCAUUAAAAUAAUUCAAUCAUUGUAUAUAUUAUAUAUAUGUACAUAUAUUACAUAAUAUGUACAUGUAUGUAUAUACAUUACAUAUAAUAUAUAUGUACAUAAUACACUUUUAAUUUGCUCAUUUGAGUAAGAAAUAUAUUGGAAGAGAAAAUAAAUUACAAUAUUUAUCUUUGUCCCCUAAAGGAAACAUCAAAAUCAACCAAAAUUGAGCAUGAUAGCCCAUGCCAUAAUCAGAACUCUAGGAGGCAGAGGCAGGAAGAUUCUAAGUUUGGGCCCAGCUUGAACAACUUAAUGAAACUGUCUCAAAAUUUAGAACAUAAAAAUAAAAAUGGACUGGGUAUGUAGAUUAGUGCAAAGGCCUUGGGUUCAAUCCCUUAAAAAAUUCAAGAUCUCUCCCCCUUUUAACCUUCCCUUCUUCCCCCUUACUAUACAUUCAUUCAUAUGCAGUUGAAAUUAGACCAUAAGAAGAACUAACUUGUGACUGAAUAGGACAUUUGGGAACAAGAUUGCACAAGAGAUGUUAUGGCUAGACAGAAAACUGGUACAGGUAGAAGUAUCUUAUAUAGCACAAUUUGAUUGAUACCUCUUAAUGGAAGCAGUCCAUCUGCAUUAUUAAAAAUUCAGUCAUAAAACAUUUCAAGAAAUACAGUUUUAUCAUUUACUCAAAAAGAGUUACCAGAAUUAGGCUAAAAAUGGAGUUGCACAAUUCAAUUUCUUUAGGAACUUGCUUUACUUCAUCAGUAGGAAUGGAGGGUUAUAUUUGCAGCAACUAUUUACUUAUGAAUGUACUUGUAUUUUCUCAUAAAACACUUCCAAAAUGCUUAAGAAUGUCUGAACAGUUUUUUUUUCCUGAAUAAGUUAAAUGCUUAUAUUUUUGCAAUCUUGUUUACAUUGUUCAUUUACUUAGGAACCCUUUCACGGCAAAAGUAGACAGAAUCUUCCUACUCAUCAGCACAGUGGAAGGAGUUGUGAUGACAUUAACAUUAUGGAGUGGUACCUAUAGCGCCCCCCUAUAUUAAAGCCUUCAAAUAAUUUCAGAAUCUUCCCUCUUCCUUGCCACCAGCUUAGUGGAUGUUCAUUUAUUAAUUUGUUCAAUGAACAGGUUUCACCUUAUUGCUGUGAGGAUGCAUUACUAAGACAUGGUCUUUGCUGUUAAAUAACUUACUAUUUUGCAGAACAGAAAAUAUCUAAAUAAAUCCUGCCCAAUAACAGU